AUGCGGAGAGCUCUAUCCAUCCAACUGCGCCUGGUCGAGCCGGUGCUUUUCCUGCCGGACCGGGCCAACAUCCCCACGGUGGUCCGGGGCUGUUGCAUCCUGCGUCUGACACAACGACUCACCGUCAAACGGCUGACGGUGAAUUUCCGGGGGGUGUCGUGUGUGCAGUGGUCGAAUCGCAUCUGCGAAAAGGAAGUCCUGACAGACCGCACCAUCACGCUCUUCGCUCGUCCCCACAGCCAAGAGCUUCCCUCUGCGACUGUCCGCCUGCCUAGCUAUGAGGACUCGGAACUUGGGCGAGGAUUCCCACCGGGGACGUAUGCAUACGACUUUGAGAUGAGGCUGGAUCCCCAUCUCCCCGAGAGCAUGCUGCUGGAGCGCACCCGAGUGCGCUAUGAGAUAUCGCUGGUGGCCGAGCAUUCGGGCCUCUGGACUCGGAGCACCUGCCACCGGCAAGAAGUGCCUGUCGUGCGAUGUCCGACCGAGGAUUUCCUCCACGACAAUGAACCCGUGCGGCUGAUGCGAUCGUGGCCCGGUCGCUUCCGUUAUGAAAUCGUCAUGGCCCGAAAGGCCUCGCUGGGUCAGCGUUUACCCAUUACUGUACUGAUUUGCUCGCUGCGUCGGCUGCGCUGCCGAGGAUUGCGGAUCUUGUUGUCGGAGAAGAUCAAAUACGUACGGCAGUGUGGGCAGGAAGCGCCUUUUGCAGCGAAAAAGACCAAACUACUACUACAGAAGGGAUACGAUGAGAAUCAUAUCACCACGCCCAUGGACAUGCUGGAAUCAAUCAAAACCCUCGACCACUUGGGAGAACCUCGGGAUGAAAAGAUGGAGAAGAUGGAGGUGGAAGUGCAGCUGCCGCCGAGUGGCACAGAAUCGAGCCGGACGUUGAACAUGGGGACGGACAUUCGCUACAAGAACGUGUGCGUCAGCCACUGCCUGGAGGUGAGUUUUCUUUUUCCGUUUGAUAAUGAAUCUAACAGCGUGUGGUUUGCGAUCGCGAUGGUUUCCGAUCGAGGCAAGGAGUACAACGUGACGGCGAGUGCGCCCUUUCAGCUUCACAGCAGCCAUGCAAAGCACGACAACAUUUGUGUGCCCGCAUAUCCAGGAUGA